CAUGGCAACUGGUUUUUGAAAACGCCUACAAGACUGGACCUCCUUGGAUGCCAAACCAAGACCAUCUUCAGAGCUGGUCAGUGCCACGCCCUCCCCGACUCCUGUAAGGACUCUCUAAGUUAGUUCCUCACCUGUUGACAAAUUCCUGUGUGGCUGUGGACCACCUGUUGAAGACUCAGCCUGCCUGCUCCCAAGCUCACAGAAGUGAGAAAAGGAGGCCCAAACACACUAAGAAAACACCAAGGCAAAGUCAUGGCUGGGAUCCCAGCACAGACUCCCCAUCCUCCUGCAGUUAAAGUCUUGGCUGAGCUGAGCCCUUUCCUCACAGUGUUUGGCUUGGAUGCUAGACCAGUUCCUCCCUUGGCCUCGAGCCCAAUGACCCACACCUCCCAGAUGAUGCCAGACAGCCCUGGCUGGAAUCCCAGCUCCAUCACUGACUGGUGGUGA